CAACAGUAGUUGGCAAGCACCACCUACCUAACAAACUGUGUUUCAACAGGCUAUACGAGGUACCUGCAAGUCUUGUUCAUUAUAAAGUUUAUGUGAAAGUUAAUGGAAAAUAAAAUCCAAGUGAGAUACUGUUAAAGUAUGUUGGUGUUUAUAUAAUUUUUUUGUGCUGUGUGUGAUUUUAUAUUAAAUAAAAUGGAUACUAAGGAAAUUAAUGGAAAUAAUGAAAAGGCAGGUGGACGUCAGUCGUUGGACGUAGAAAGCGGGAAAUCCGCAGGCGACUCGAACGCGACGGGCUGCCACCGAAGAAGAGGCACCAGAACGCGACCGUUGCGCGUUCUGUUCAGACACAUCGCCGUCAUGUCAGCGCUACUGGCGCUCUUCGUCGGCAUCGGGGCCGUGAUUUGGUACUUUUUGGGAUUGAUGUCGCUGGUGCAGUUGAUGCUGGUGGCUAUCGUGGCCUAUGUGGCCGCAGGCAAGUACAAAUGGAUCUAUGUGGCUUUAAGAACUGCUCCGAGGGACCUCAAGGCUCUGUACGGCUACAUUCGCCUUUUGAUACAAGUCAAAAGUCUCCACCGAAAAAACCUGAACAUCGGCGAGAUAUUCCAGCAAAACGUGAAAAAGCACCCGCACAAACCCUGCAUUUUAUUCGAAGACCAGGAAUGGGACUUUGCGAAAGUGGAGGAGUACAGCAAUAAAGUGGCGAACGUUUUUAGAGCUCACGGUUACAAAAAAGGCGACGUCGUGGCCCUGUUUUUGGAGAACAAACCCGAAUUCGUUUGUUUAUGGCUGGGUCUGUCGAAAAUCGGCGUGGUCACGCCCUUAAUAAACACGAAUCAAAGACUGAACUCGCUCGUGCAUUCCAUAAGCGUGGCCAAAAGCCAGGCCGUCAUUUUUGGAACAGAAUUAUCAAAUGCUGUCAAUGACGUUCUGGACAAAAUCGAAUCUAAGGUGGCUCUCUAUCAGAUAAACUGCAACGUCACGCCGACCACUGCCAAUCAGAGAUACCAAAACUUGGAUACUUUGAUCAAAGAUGCCUCAGCGUCGCCCCCGCAAAUCAUGUACAAGGUCGGUCAUCACGACCACCUAGUUUAUAUUUACACGUCUGGAACGACGGGGCUUCCCAAAGCUGCGGUCAUUACUACUUCCAGGUAUGUUUUUAUAGCUGCCGCUAUCCAUUGGCUGUCGCGAUUUAACUGUUACGACCGUUUUUACACGCCCCUGCCGCUUUACCACACGGCGGGCGGAUGCAUGACGGUGGGGCAAAUGCUGAUUUACGGCUCCACAAUAAUAAUACGAAGAAAAUUUUCUGCAUCCAUGUAUUUCGCCGACUGCAUCAAGUACAAUGCCACGGUAUCGCAAUACAUCGGCGAAAUGUGUAGGUACGUAUUGGCAGUUCCGCCCAAACCCACGGACACACAGCACAAAUUACGCAUGAUAUACGGAAACGGGCUGCGGCCCCAAAUAUGGACGGAAUUCGUCGAAAGAUUUAACAUUCCGAAAGUGGCGGAGUUUUACGGAGCGACGGAAGGAAACGCCAACAUAGUCAACAUCGAUAACACAGUCGGUUCCAUAGGUUUCGUGUCGAGGAUCAUACCGCAGGUGUAUCCGAUUUCCAUCAUCAAAGUGGAUCAGAACACGGGGGAGCCCGUCAGGGACGCCAAAGGGCUGUGCAUGCUGUGCAAACCCGACGAACCGGGCGUCUUCAUCGGCAAAAUAGUGCCCGGCAACCCGUCGAGGGCCUUCCUGGGCUACGUGGACGAAGAAGCGUCGAAGAAGAAGAUCGUGCGCGACGUGUUCCAAAAGGGCGACCAAGCCUUCCUGUCGGGCGACAUCCUGGUCGCCGACGAGUUCGGUUACCUCUUCUUCAAGGACAGAACCGGCGACACCUUCCGGUGGAAAGGCGAGAACGUCUCCACCUCGGAGGUGGAAGCCGUCCUUAGCAAUAUAGUUAGCUACAAGGACGUGGUCGUUUAUGGGGUCGAAAUUCGCGGUCAGGAGGGCCGUGCCGGCAUGGCGGCCAUCUUGGACCCCGAGGGUUCCGUGGAUUUGAAGCAACUGGCCGAAGGGGUCAAGAGGGCGCUGCCAUCCUAUGCAAGGCCCAUUUUCAUCAGAAUAUUACAGAAAUUAGACAUGACAGGUACAUACAAACUAAAGAAAAACGAUCUACAAAAAGAGAGCUUUAACCCGGGGACGAUCUCGGACAAGAUCUCCUACCUAGACAACACCGGAAGUUACUCGCCAGUCACGCCGGAAGUGUACGAUAAAAUCAACAGUGGACUAAUUAGGGUUUAGUUUGUAAGAGUUUCGGGGUUUCCGUGUAUUUCUCACUGUGAUUUCAACCUCGAAUGACUGAACGAAAUACUGAACAAAGCAACUUUUGGGUCGGACUCAAAAAACCAGUCACAUGAUUUAUGUGCGGAAAAAUUUGAAUGUUUUUUUGCGAGUCAAAAAUCUCAUUUUAAUUUUUUUAAACGUGACUGGAUUAAUAAGUAAUAAUAAUUGUAUAGUGUAUUUUUUCACGACAUAUUUUUAUAUUUGUAAGCCAAUUUUUAGAUCUUGUUUAUAUUAUUGUGGUUUUGUUUGUAUAUCAUGAUUGUUAAUAAAUAUAUUUAUUUAAUUAAAACAUUAAAAUCGAGUCAACAUUAUUUAUUUUUUACAAAAUAUGCUUUUUUGUAAUUAACAAUUAUAUUGUUUAAAUAGUAACAAUUAUUUCCAUGACUUUCAAAAAUAUAUCCUGUUCACAAAAAAAUUAAACUUGCAGUUGUUGAAGUUCUUUUAUUAGAUCAGCUUCACCUUUUAAUUUAGCCAGUUGAUUUACUUCCAGUGGUUUUCCUUGGGAUUGUUGUUCUUUUAGUUUUUC